CGCGAGACACGGAGGAGCGAAACCGGAAAAACAGGCGGACAAAACCAUAACUUCAGUCAGGCUUGGACAAAAAACCUGCACUGCUUCACACCUCUCUUUAUCUCUCUCUGUGAUCUAAACCACCAAAGGCGCCUUUCUGCAGCACCGGGACAUUUUUACCAAACACACAUUCUAGUUUUUUCUCUGGAGGACUGAGAAAUAAUACUGGACUUUUCAUCCAGAACCUUUUUUGGUGCCAUAUAAUUUCCUAACAGUGGGUACAUUUUCAAUAUUUAUAUAUUUCGGGGGAAAAAAAGUCUUAAGUAUAAUGUGGAUUUGAAAAAUCUAAUUUAUUUAUAGUGCAGUUUAAUUGUAGAGAUUUAGGUUUUAAUUAAUAGUGAAUAUUCAUAUAGAGAUUUAUAUUUAAAGUCUUAUAACGUUAGAUAUGUGUUCAUCAAGACCAUUGAAAUAUAUCAGUAUUUAUUAUAUGCAAUUUUAUAGUUCAAAUAUUGAGAAAUGACAGAAUGCUUUUUGAAAGGCAGCAGGCAAUACAAUUUUCUCUAGUGAUUACUGAGAUUUUAUGAAUUAUAUAUUAUUCAAUAUUAUUGACAUGAUUUAUUAUUUUUUGUCAAUAUUAUACUCUAAUACAAAUUUCCCAUAAUCCUGCCUGUUUUGUAAGUGACACAACAGCAAGCAAGUCUUACUUCUGAGCCAUUUCUUUUUUUAUUUUGAAGCUUUUUUUUGCCCAAAUGGAGAAAUAGCUCAAAAAAAAAAAAAAAAAAGCGGAUACAUCAGUUAUAAAUCAAACAGCCCUGAUCUGUAUCUUGGAGUAUUUUUAGGCGUGUGGAGGAGCAGAAUGGACUUACAGGGAGUAGAAGAGAGAGAGAGAAAGGAAUGCAAAGUUUCCAGGAUAUAUGAACGCAACAGCGGGACACGAUUUUAGCCAUGAUCUCCAAGUGGCUCAAUUUCAAAAUCCUGUAUCAGUUCUCAAACAGACUGUAGUGAAAGGGCUAAAACGGACUGCUCUUCAGAAUCUCUGAGUCGAGAAGAUUCACAGGCGGAGCAACGACAAUCAUGGCGAACGUGGGGACUUUAGGAAUGGACCAAAACAUCAGCGGCACCGCAGCAUUUUUUACUUCAACCUCCAAUCAGAGCAUGAAAUCAGCCCCGUAUUCUCCUGAAGCAACAGCAGCCUUCGCCACAGCGAUCACUCUCAUGAUUCUCUUCACCAUCGUGGGAAACAUACUAGUCAUCAUCGCUGUACUGACAAGUCGCUCUCUGAGGGGGCCGCAGAAUCUCUUCCUGGUCUCGUUGGCUGCGGCGGACAUCCUGGUGGCCACGUUGAUUAUCCCUUUCUCGCUGGCCAAUGAGCUGAUGGGAUACUGGUAUUUCCGCUCAGUGUGGUGCGAGAUCUACCUGGCACUGGAUGUGCUCUUCUGCACGUCCUCCAUCGUCCACCUGUGCGCCAUUAGCUUGGAUCGCUACAUGUCCAUAUCACGAGCCGUGACAUACGGGGCCCAGAGGACGCCACGCCGCAUCAAAUGCGCAAUCCUAGUCGUUUGGCUCAUCUCAGCUGUCAUCUCUUUCCCACCGCUCCUUUCCAUGAACAAGAACCAGGGGAACUCAAGUUCCUCCAUGGGACCCCAGUGCCAGCUCAAUGACGAGCGCUGGUAUAUUCUCUACUCCACCAUCGGAUCCUUCUUCGCCCCCUGCCUCAUCAUGAUCCUUGUCUAUAUGCGCAUUUAUCAGAUCGCCAAACAGCGCACAAGAUGCCCACCAGGAGAGCCGAGGAAAGAGAUCCCCACCAGCGCCACAACUCCAAAAGAUAGAGCUCUCCAAAAUGGAAGAGGAGAUGGCACGAAUACACCGUGUACACCUCAGACAAAUCUGACCACUCCAAGGCCACCCACUCUCACCAUGCCUCAAGCCGAAGGAAAAAAACAUUCAGCAAGCACCAACACCCUGCAUCCACCCCUUUCUCCCUCCAGAGAGAUGACUCCUGGCACUCCUACCCCUCCUCCAGUCCAAUCUCCUUCCCUUUCACCUUCCAGCUCUUCCAUGCAGAAGCAAGAUGCAGCCCCCAACAAACCCAAACAGGCCAAGAAGGAGAAAAGGAGUGAAAAGAAACCCGACAACAACAAUGGUGAGAGUUCAAGCUCUGAUUCAGACACGGAGCACGGAGGGGUGGGUGUUGAGAUUCCCGUGACUCCAGGUGCUGAUCUUGACACCGGUAUCCACUCACCAGCCACCAUCCAGAAGUACAGAGACAUAAUCACUUCAGCCAAAGGCACGAAGUUGGCUUCAGGGAAGCUCAAGCAGGACGGGACGCCUAACUCGGCUCGCCGCAAGGCCAUGGUGAACCGGGAGAAACGCUUCACCUUUGUGCUGGCAGUGGUGAUCGGUGUGUUUGUCUUCUGCUGGUUCCCUUUCUUCUUUUCCUACAGCCUGCAGGCCGUGUGUCCAGAAACGUGCAAGCUUCCCAAGCCAGUCUUCACGUUCUUCUUCUGGAUCGGCUACUGCAAUAGCUGCCUCAACCCUGUCAUCUACACCAUUUUCAACAAGGACUUCCGCAGAGCCUUCAAGAGGAUUCUCUGCAAAAAUACCAAGGGUACAUUCUUUUAACGAACAUCUGGAAAAAAAAACAAUUUAAAAUAGAGAAAAAGCACAACUUCUUUGUAAGAGUGUAAAUAAGAGGUUCUUUGUAUAGCUGCGCAAUGAUAAAGCACAUUAUACUGUUUUUGAUAAAAGUUGGUCGACACAGAGUCAGACUGUGAAUUCAUAUGGACUCUUGCAGGUUUACAAUAUUCCAUUGCUCAUGCCACAAAUGCACAAUGGAGAGCAGAGGGUGAACAUGAUUUGAUCAAGACAAAAAAUAAUAGGACUGUGCACCUGUGACGAUCACAAAGGACAGUGGGAGCACAGCGCAAUAGUGUUUCCCUUCUUCGCCUUUCCAAGAAUACCUGCCCUCAGGGAUAGUAUGUGCAUGAGUUUCAAUCCAACCCGUCCUAUUUGAUCUGCACAUCACUCGCUCGUACACCCGAGACAACACAGACAGCAGGUUCUCCUCCUCGAUACCUGACGAGCUUUAAUCCUGCAGGAAAAAAAGGAAAAGGGGAAGAGAAGCUCUCAUAUGUAACACCUUGCCAGGGGCUACAUGCAUCACCCGACUACGUGAACUGAUGUCGGAUUCAGCCGAAAAGCAGAUAAGUGCCAGGUGACACUGGAUGGAUUCGUGAUUUCCCUGUAAUUCCCAUUUCCAGCGUCUUGGUAAUGCAGGCACGCUCGCUUGAACACACAGGGGAAAGCUUGAUUAUCGUACAGAGGCUUGGCCUGCUUUGCUGAUGCAGUGAACAUGGAUGCAACUGCACUGAGGUAGAUAAGGAUUAGUAUGUGUGCCAUGGACUCUGAUUAUAACUGGACCGUUUUUUCACUUUUCUCUACAAGUACUCUGCCCUAAACGGCACUACCGCACCCUCACCGUUCAGCAGGGUGAUACUUUGGGACUAAGGGCUGAUGGCAAUGACACUUCCUGGGUUUUAUCCCUGUCUUAUUUGAUGAUCAAAGUGUCAUGUGCAUGUGUGUGAGUGAGUGUGUGUGAGUGAGUGAGAGCAUGUUGUGUGUGACUGUCUCAUGUGCGAAUGUGAAUGCGAGUGUGUGCUGUGGGUGAAUGCGUGUGCGUAUGUGACGUGCAGGGAGGUUUGUAUUUGUGCCGUAUGAAGAAACGUCAUUCCUCAUCUUUAACAUCUGCACUUAAUAGAAAAUAUAUGUUUUGAUUAAAAAAAAAAGUUCAAGCAUGCCUUCUUUGCCAGCUUGUGCCAAUACCUCCCAUCCCAUCCAGCUCCUUUAUCGUGCCAACACUGUUACACCUGUGUUUAUUAUCCAAACGACACAAAUGUGGAUUUCAGUGUGUUAUGGUUCAAUCAGGCCUGUGAAUGAUUUUGCUUUUGUAUUAUUUAUUUAUUUCCAUUUCUUUUCUUUCCUAACUUAUCAUGCAUUCUUCAUUUUCUCUGUAAGCUGGAUGGGAUUAAUACAAAAAAAAAAAAAGGUUCAAAAUUGUUAUGUGAAAAAAUAAUUCAUCAAGUGCUAUAUCUGGUAUUUACAUUGUUUCACUGAAUAGUCUUAAGUGGUUGUUGCUUUUGGUUUUCCUCUGUAAGGAUACUGCAUUUGGGCUGCACUCUAGAAAGCUUUGCAAACGUUUCAUCCUCCAAAUCUCUAUCCGUGUAGUCUGUUUGAUUUCCUCCACUCUUUGGAAAUAAAGCCACUGAAAUAUGA